AUGAAGCUCGAUGCAACCGACCUCCGCUAUGUCACAUCGGACGAGUUCCGGGUGCUCACUGCGGUGGAAAUGGGCUCCAAAAACCACGAGAUUGUUCCCACAGUCCUCAUCGUGAAGAUUUCUGGGCUUCGCAACGGGGGCGUCAACAAGCUCCUUGGAUCUCUCGCGAAGCGGAAUCUGGUCUCCAGAGUGCAGAAUGCACGAUAUGACGGGUAUCGUUUGACCUACGGAGGGUACGAUUACCUCGCCAUGCGCGCCAUGUCCAAACGAGACUCCGUUUACUCCGUGGGGAACCAGAUCGGCGUAGGGAAGGAGUCCGACAUCUACAUCGUCGCGGACAAGGACAGCAACGAGCUCGUGCUCAAGCUCCACCGCCUCGGCCGCAUCUCGUUCCGCGCCAUCAAGGCGAAGCGUGACUACAUGGGCAAGCGCAAAUCCGCGUCGUGGAUGUACAUGUCCCGGCUCGCCGCUGAGAAGGAGUACGCGUUCAUGAAGGUGCUGCACGAGCACGACUUCCCCGUCCCGCGCCCCGUCGACCACGCGCGGCAUUGUAUCCUGAUGGAGUUCAUCGACGCCUACCCGCUUCGCCAAGUGGCCGAGCUCCCGUCGCCCGGGGCGCUCUACUCGUCGCUCAUGGACCUCAUCGUCCGCUUCGCGCGCUCGGGGCUCAUCCACGGGGACUUCAACGAGUUCAACAUCCUCAUCCGGCGCAACACCGGCGAGCCGGUCGUCAUCGACUUCCCGCAGAUGGUCAGCACCUCGCACCAGAACGCAGAGUGGUACUUCAACCGCGACGUGGAAUGCAUCCGGCGCUUCUUCCGGCGGCGUUUCCGGUACGAAAGCAGCAUCUACCCCCGAUUCCGCACCAUCAAGGCGGAGAAGGAGGGCGGUGCGGGAGGCGAGGGCGGUGCGUGGCACCUCGACCUCGUGGUCAGCGCGAGCGGCUGGAACCAGACCGAGCAGACGGUGCUUGAACAGUACAUGGACAACGUCGCGCAGGAACGCGGAGACGCCGGGUCCGACGGCGAAGACGAGGAGGAGGAGGAGGAGGAAGAAGAGGAAGAGGAAGAGGAAUCCGAAAAGAGCGGCGAAGAGUCUCAAGCGGUCGAGGAUAACGACGGUGACGGGCAGGCAAAGGCGGGGGACACGGACGGGGACGGGGAGGAAGAGGGCGUUCCCGAAACCGAGGAUGCGUCCGCAGUCGGAGGGACGGUGAGGAGGGAAGGCGAGAGCGCGACAGACGCCGUUCAUGAAACUCGCAAAGGCGAAGGCGGGUCCCACACGGCGCACGACGACAUCGACAGCCUUGCGACGGGCGAAGACAGGCCUUCGCGGACGGAUCCACGGGGCACGCAAGGUUCGUCAGGGUCAGAAGACGAGCUGGCGGACGAUACGGCCGAGCUGUCGCUGCGAGAAGGGGGUUCGCAGAGGCACGGACGGGGGUCGACGGACGUGGGAGAGAAGGUGCAGUCCGAGGUCGCGAAGCAACGCGCGCGGGAGCAGCGCAAGCAUCACUCCAAGAAGGGCGCGCGGACUGGGGGCAGGCCGCAGGGGAGCAAGCGCAAGCAGGACACGAGGAUCAAGGUCGACGGCGGUGGCUUUUGGGACUAG